ACAUUAUCCCACAUCCAUAUUUUUAUUAUCACUCCCACUACUUUCAUUUCCAAAAUCUCUCCGCCCCGCCGGAGAGGUUAAUUUCUUCAGCCGCAGAACAUGGACGGAGAAGACGGUGGCGGGCGGCUGAUUGUGAGAGGUAGAGCCGAGAUUGAUACUAGAGCGCCGUUCAGGUCGGUUAAGGAGGCAGUUGUGUUGUUCGGAGAAAGAGUUCUUGUUGGGGAAAUUUAUGCCAACAAAAUUAAGGAAAUGGCGGAAGGAGGACAAUCUCAAACUAGAAUAGGUGUCUUAGCGGCGGAGCUAGAAGGAACAAAGGAAAGUCUAGAGAAAGCCAAAGAAGAGAACGGAGUAUUAGCAUUCUGCCUCCAAUCUCUCACGGACGAGCUCGAGCGAACCAAACAAGAACUCGAAAAACUCAAGUCAAUAGAACACCGAAGCCCGCACCGGCGCAACGAUCAUCGCCAUCCGCUUUCACUAGCCCUGACAAUGCAUCCCGACGUGGACGAAGAUCUCAAAUUCGUAGAGAAUGAAAAAGAAUUAAACAGCAAAACAAACAACAAUGCAGUGAUAUUGCAGAAUAGGAGAAGUGUGAAAUUUGCAAGUCCUCCUGAAUUGGACCGAAUCAUGGUUAAUAAGAAUGAGGAGUUAUUGUUGGCUCAAAAACCGUCAUUAUUAUCGCCUCCGGGUUCUUCUUCUUCGGUUAAAAGGUCGAAAAAAAAGGGUUUGGUUCCUUUGAUUGGAUGGCUUUUCGCUAAAAAGAAGGGAAAUUAUUAAGAAGUUUGAUUUUAUAUUUGAAAGUUUAAAUUUGAUUUCGAAAUUUAUAGAUGUGAUUAUUUUGGCAUGCAAGUUCAAAUUGGUUUUUGUAUGUCCUUUUAAUCCUGGGUUUUGCAUGCUCACGAUUUUGGAGUUGUGUACUGUGUUGAGUUUUCGCAUUGAAUAAAAAAGCUUUGAAAUUUUUCUUGUUU